GUAUAAAUAUUCCUGUCAACAAAUUAGUUCGAAAUACACAAAAAAGGCAAAAGAACAACAUUAAAGAAAAAAAGAAGAAAAAAAAAAUUUCGUAUGUAAUAAUAUUACCAGCGACAUCUUUUGUCGAAGAAUGGUUGAAAAUAUUGCUAUUUUGGUUGGCUUCCUAUUUAUUUUCAAGUGAUUUAAGAAUCUCGUAAAGGAAAAAAGAGUUGAGAGAUUUUAUCUUCUUUACGUUGAUGAUAAACAGAUAAAGAAUUAAAUAUUAUCGCGAUAUCAAAUAUAUAUAUUUAUUUAUAGUAAGCAAGCAAAUUAUUUAUUUUAAAGAAAUUAAAAUUUGCUUAAAGUUGGUUGAUGUCUGCUCCACCUUAUCCUCAACCAGAAGUGGCUUAUCAGCCGCAAGCAGGUUAUCCACCCCCGCAAAAUGUUGGAUAUCCACCACCUAAUGCCGGUUACCCGUCACCUAAUGCCGGUUACCCGCCACCUAAUGCUGGUUAUCUGCCACCGAAUGCUGGCUAUCCACCAUCGGGUGGAAUGAAUUAUCAACCACCAUCUGGUUAUACUCAACCUGCUCCUUCUUAUGGCCAACAAGGUUUUCCACAAACUGGAGGUGCACCAAUGGCUCCUGGUUCAUGGAUGCCAGUUCCUGCUGCACCUGUUAAUUGUCCCCCAGGUUUAGAAUAUCUUACUAUGAUAGAUCAACUUCUUGUUCAUCAACAAGUAGAAUUACUUGAAGCUUUUAUUGGAUUUGAAAGUGCAAAUAAAUAUGAAGUGAAAAAUAGUGUUGGUCAGAAAGUUUAUUUUGCUGCUGAAGAUAAUGAUUGCCUUACAAGAAAUUGCUGUGGUCCAAUGCGACCAUUUGACAUGAAAAUACUCAAUAAUUUUGGAAAUGAAGUUCUGCAUUUAAAUCGUCCACUUCGUUGUGAUUCGUGUUGGUUUCCCUGUUGUUUGCAGAAAAUGGAAGUCAGUUCACCUCCAGGAACAGUUAUUGGAUAUGUGACACAAGAAUGGAGUAUUCUUGUACCAAAAUUUAGAAUUGAAAAUGCUGCAGGAGACUCUGUUUUACGAAUUGAAGGCCCAUUUUGCACUUUCAGCAUCUGUGGUGAUGUAGAAUUCAAGGUGUUAUCAAAUGAUGGAUCUACAGAAGUAGGCAAAAUCUCUAAGCAGUGGACAGGUUUUGUGAAAGAAACCUUCACUGAUACUGAUAAUUUUGGUAUUUCAUUUCCAAUGGAUUUAGAUGUGAAGAUUAAGGCUGUUCUUUUAGGGGCAUGUUUUCUAAUUGAUUUCAUGUUCUUCGAGAAAAGUGGAAACAAAGAAAACGAUUCCCCUGGAAUGUUUUAAAAUUUGAAAAUAAAUCUGUACACUCAGAUCUGUUUACAUAUUCUGAAAAUUUUAAUAAUAAAUAACAAUGAUAUGGCUUUGUUACUCAUAACAAAUCUUUUAAUAUAUGCAAUUUAUAACAAUAUAGUAGCUACAUAUGAUAAGUUUUAGAUGCAAAUUUAUUUUUAGCAUGGAUUAUUUGUGUUACUUAAGUUGUUAAAAUAUAUAAUAAGCAGCUUAAAAUUAACAAUAUUUGCUGGAUAUAAUCAGUCACUUUUAUAGCCACUUAAAAAGGGUUUUUUGAUGAAUAAACUGAAAUGUUUAUGUCUUUGAAUCUGACUCUCACUCAAGUUUAAGAAUUACUCAGUAUCAGAGUCCAAAAUAUCAGUGUAAGCUCUGUCACAGAUUGUACCUUACUGAAGAGGGAUUGUUGAGAAUUUCGAUCCAAAAUGCAUUUAAAUAUCUGCAAAUUAAUUGCUUUCUGAGUAAUUCUUAAACUUGGGUGAGCAUCAGAUUUGAAGGAUAUAACAUUUUGGUUUAUUCGUCCAAAAAUCCCUUUUAAGUGGUUAUAAAAGUGUUAAAAUAUAGUUCUUUGAAGUAUAUUUUUCUCUUUUUAUUGAAAAUGAAGCAGUAAACUUAUAAGGCAGGAAUAUUAUUCAAAUUUAUAAAGAAAAAUAUCAGUUUCAAAUUUAUAAAGAAUGUGAGAGAUUAAAAAAUUUAUAAUUUAAUUUUGGAAAAUCUUAAUGAUGUGAUCAAUUAUGAAAGCAAAACAAAAAUCCAACAAAAUAGUAACAUUUUUCUUUAACUUAUUUAUUGUAAUAAUCAAAAAGAUUAUUAGUAAAAUUUAAAUUUCUAAAAAUA